AAACAGUCUUGAAAGUGUAUAUAAAGAGGCUCAGGGGGCUCGCCCAGGCACUGUUUUGACCGUGAGCUGUCGCGUUUGAAAACAGUUUUCAAGUCAUUGUCGUGAGAGAGAUUCCCCUGAUUUCGUCGGUUGUUCGAUCAUCUUCUGCCAUGGCUCUACGCAUACUUGCAGUCUUGGCGGUACUGACACUGGUGUUGACCAGCUGGGUUGGCACGGCAGAGGCGCAGCGCAAGCCACCAAAAACCAUGUCCCAAAAAAUCGCCGAAAAGGCGAAGGAGUACGCAGAUGCAGGCAGGACUGAUUGGACAUAUGCAGCUUAUAACUGGUAUACUGGGAGCGACGCGUACAAAUGCAACAUAUUUGUGGCAGAUGUGGUUAAGGCAGUCGGGGGAACAGUCCCGCAUAGAUGGUGGGGUAUGUCGGGCCCUAUCGGUGCAGGGGAGUGGGGCAACCCAAACUCCACUUUAUUGACAGAAGCGCCGUGCUGGUCGUAUAGAUCGUCUCCGAGUGAAGGUUACGUCAUCGGAGAUGGAAGACACGUGGGAAUUGUUACCGGGUCGAGAGAAACAACCAGUGCCAUGAAGACCGAACUUGUGUCCAACGACUGGGGUUUUCGCUCUUUUGGAUCUGGAAGCCGUUCUUCUAUGAAAGCAUACUGGAAAUACAUUUGUUAAAAGUAUCAGACUUACAGCGCCUUUUGCGGGGGUCUAAUAGUCACUUUUACCACCCGAUGCUAUUUGCGAUCAAAAAGUAUAAAACAAAAAAAAUAAAUAAAUCGUAAUUUACAUGUGUGUCGUAGAAACAUCGAAGCUAAAAGUGGGCUUGGUUUGUUGCAUAAUGUCAUUAUAAUUUACAUUAUACUAGUUUGGAAGUAGAAUUUUUUAAUACGUUACCAAUACUAAAAUAAUUAUUUAGUUUCCUUUAAAGUCACCUGGAAGUGGUAUUUUUUUUAAAUAAAGCUUUUGUCACUAA